CGCGAGAGGGUCCCAGUCAGGCAGACGGGUGGCCACGAGAGGGGUCCCAUCAGGAGGCCAGGUAGCCGUGAGAGGGAUGCAGGAAGAUCUGAAACAGGCAAUAUGGAUAAACCCAUUCACCUAGGAGAUGACCCUGACAAAUUGCCUCCAUACCGUCGAGAUGAGACAUUCAGGGGUUCUUGGGGUCAUGAAGAUGAUAGAAUGCAGGAGGAAUUUCCUCUAGAUAGUCAAGAUGACCCUUCGGAGCAUGAGCGGUUGGAUGACUGGGAAAGAGAACAGUACUGGAGAGAUCACAACUCUGAUUACCAGGAUGAUUCCAUAGAUGUGUAUGACAGGGAUGACAGGAUGCAGUCCCACCAUUCGCUGCCUCCAUUAUCUCCCUUACCACCACUACCUCCUUUAUCAUCUGAUCACGACAGACGAGAUUCAUGGUGGGAUGACUGGAAAAGGCCGAGAGAGAGGGAACUGGAGAGAGAUCUAGAUAGGACUGGAAGAUCCUCGAAUAUUUAUGAUCAAGAUUUAGACAGAGAAUGGGAUAGAGAAUGGGACAUGAGGCCUAUGGAUGACAGAGAAAUGGGGAAUCGUGACCUGGAUAUCCCCCCAUUACCACCAUUGCCACCUCUUCCACCUCUGGACAGAUAUCGUGAAGAUAGGUGGAGGGAGGAUAGGAACAGAGAUCAUUAUGACAGAGACCUCCGAGACAGGGGGGAGCUCAGGAUUCGAGAGUAUCCAGAGAGAUAUGACACAUGGCGGGAGAAGCAGGACUACCUUCCUGAAAGGACUGACUGGGAGAGAGAACGAUUGUCGGACAGGUGGUAUCCAGAUGAUGGAGACAGACUGCGAUCUUUGGAUGAUCGUUCAGAUUCAUCCCUUCCUCUGCCUUCGCAUUCCUCUGAUAUUCUGGGAGCAGAUUCAAACCUGGACUCUGACCAGUCCUUGGGAGGAGUGAUGGUCUUUAGCCAAAGACAGCAUGAGAUAAUUCUGAAGGCUGCCCAGGAGCUCAAAAUGCUUCGAGAGCAAAAAGAACAGCUACAGAAGCUGAAAGAGUUUAAACCUGACAUUUCCACACAGGACUCUCCAAGAUCACAGAGCACAAGCACAAGGCCCGGUAACUUUCAGCCUCCCGUGUUGUUCAGACAGCCCACCCCUGUGACGAGACCAAGUGCCCCACUGGCAAGGCCUGCUACACCUAUGACAAGGCCACAUGCUCCAGUCUCUACUACAACUACAACCCCAAGUCAUGGUCAGUCUUUAAAACCAUCACCUUCUACUGUGGAACAGGAACGCUGGGAUGAGGAUUCUUUCCACGGACUCUGGGACACAAAUGAGGAUAAAGGAGCAAAUAUGGAGUACGAGUUGUGUAAACAGGAGUCAAUGAUGCCUCCACCCAUCUCCUCACCUGCGAAAGUAUCUGCCGUUCACACCUCUGUUUCAUCAGCUGUACCAGUGUCCCUUCCUCCAGUUAUUCCACCGGUUCCUAAAGCACCUGUAAUUCAGCAAACCGUGGAUUAUGGCCACGGGAGAGAUAUAACCACCAGUAAAGUGGAACAGAUUCCAUACGGGGAGAGGGUAACGCUGCGUCCAGAACCUCUGCCGGAGAGGCAAACAUUUCAAAAAGAGCACCCUGGUCGUUACAACAGAGAGAGAGAUCGCGAACCUUAUUUUGAGCGUCAAGGUAAUUCCAACACAGAUCAUCGGGAUUUCAAGAGAGACCGGGAAUUGCACAGAGAUCGUGGUUCUGCGGACUGUGAACGAGAGAGAUUUGAAAAAGAUCGGCAUCCACGAGAUGAUAGGACUCAGUCUUACCGUGACAAGAAAGACCACCCUUCCUCCAGGCGGGGUGGUUUCGAAAGACCACCAUAUGAACGAAAGACAGAUCGUCCAGCAUAUGAUCAUGGGCCUUCUAUGUUUGGAGGUGAUCGUAGAAAUUACUCUGAGGAAAGGAUUCCUAUUUCUGCUCCAUCAAUUCCCCGUCAGCCACCACCUGCUCCACGUGUGGAAAGGAAGCCAGAAUCUAAAAAUGUAGAUGAUAUUCUGAAGCCACCAGGGCGGGAUAGCAGGCCAGAGAGGAUUGUAAUCAUAAUGAGAGGGUUGCCUGGCAGUGGAAAGACACAUGUAGCAAAACUCAUCAGGGAUAAGGAAGUAGAGUGUGGAGGACCUGCACCAAGAGUGCUCAGCCUGGAUGACUAUUUUAUCACUGAAGUGGAAAAAGAAGAGAGAGACCCAGAUACAGGGAAAAAAGUGAAAAAGAAGGUGAUGGAGUAUGAAUAUGAAGCUGAUAUGGAAGAGACUUAUCGUACCAGCAUGUUCAAAACUUUCAAAAAGACCUUGGAUGAUGGCUUCUUCCCCUUCAUUAUCCUUGAUGCUAUCAACGAUAGAGUGCGACAUUUUGAACAGUUCUGGAGCGCUGCAAAAACCAAGGGUUUUGAGGUGUACUUAGCUGAAAUGAGUGCAGAUAACCAGACGUGUUCCAAGAGGAAUAUUCAUGGACGCAAGCUAAAGGAAAUCAGCAGGAUGUCUGAUCACUGGGAGGCAGCACCACGUCACAUGAUGCGCCUGGACAUUCGUUCUCUGCUGCAGGAUGCUGCUAUCGAAGAGGUCGAGAUGGAGGAUUUUGAUGCAAAUAUUGAAGACCAGAAGGAAGAAGUCAAGAAGGAUACAGCAGAGGAGGAAGAAAGUGAACUGGGUUACAUUCCGAAAAGCAAAUGGGAGAUGGACACUUCUGAGGCAAAGCUAGACAAGCUGGAUGGUUUGCGGACUGGCGCUAAAAGAAAACGUGACUGGGAAGCAAUUGCCAGCAGAAUGGAAGAUUAUCUUCAGCUUCCAGAUGACUAUGAUACACGUGCUUCUGAACCUGGGAAGAAAAGGGUGCGGUGGGCAGAUCUAGAAGAAAAAAAAGAUGCAGACAGGAAAAGGGCCAUUGGUUUUGUUGUUGGACAAACAGAUUGGGAGAAGAUAACAGAUGAAAGUGGUCAUCUUGCUGAGAGAGCCCUCAACCGCACCAAGUAUAUAUGAAAAAGUGGUUAAAUGGAAUUUUGUGCCUUUAAGGCCAUUUGUUCUGAAGAGAAGCUGAACCAAGGUGUCAUGAGCAUCUUGCAUGGGUCAUGUCACUCCCACCUUCACAGUUUUUCUUUGUUACUUUAGUUUCAGCAGUUUUCUUGAGAUAUUGGCAGAUAACCAGCGCCCUCAAAAAAAAAAAACAACGGAUCCCGCUGCUCCUAAGUGAGAGAGACAGUUUACUUUUUAAUAUUUUUGGAGGGGAGGGAGGGGGAGGGCCAGUAGUUUUAGCUGCUGUUUGUGGGAUAAAGUGGACAGAUUAGACAGAUGUUACCUCCACUGUACCAUUACAGAAUGUUUAUCACCUUUGCUUUGUGGCCGUUCUCAUUUUAUACUGUUAUGUACCUUGUAGCUUAUUGUAUUAGGAAGCAGAACAAUAAAUUUCACUAUAAACU